UUUCUAGGAGUCCGCCGCUGUCGUUUCCUGCGAAGUGUUCCUUCGGAGAGAAUUUCGAUUUUGUGCUAUUCCUAGACAAACCAAGGCAGUUCCUCUGAGAUGGCUGCUUCAAUGGACAAUAUCCCAAAAGAUUUUAGAAAUCUCCGAGCGUGUAUGCUGUGUUCCUUGGUAAAGUCCGUCGACCAGUUCGAAGAUAUGGGUUGCGAGAACUGUGACAAAUAUCUGCAAAUGAAAGGGAACCGAGAGCAGGUGUACCAUUGCACUUCGACUCGUUUCGACGGCAUCAUCGCACUGAUGCAGCCUGAGGAUAGUUGGGUUGCCAAAUGGCAAAGACUAACCCAUCGUCUACCAGGGAUGUACGCCAUCUCGGUAUCCGGCCGAAUGCCGAAUGGGAUGAUCCGAGAGUUGAAGAGCCGAGGCAUAACCUACAGAUCGAGAGACAUGAGCUGAGCAUUGCUCUGUCGGCAUCAUUGUACAUUAUUUGAACAUAACCUCCCCUGUAAUGC